CAGACAGCAUGGCUCGCCUGGUGGAGUGCGUCCCCAACUUCUCGGAAGGACGAAACAAGGAGGUGAUAGAUGCCAUCUCUGCAGCCAUCUCUCAGACCCCUGGCUGCAGCCUGCUGGACGUUGACCCCGGGGCCUCCACCAACCGCACCGUCUACACCUUUGUGGGGCCCCCGGAGGCGGUGGUGGAGGGGGCUCUGAGCGCCGCCAGGCAGGCCUUCAGCCUCAUCGACAUGAGCAAACACUCAGGGGAGCACCCGCGGACCGGCGCGCUGGACGUCUGUCCCUUUAUCCCCGUCCAAAAUGUCAGCAUGGACGACUGUGUCUACUGUGCCAAUGAGUUUGGACGGAGACUGGCAGAGAUGCUGCAUGUUCCUGUGUAUCUUUACGGAGAAGCAGCUCGAACAGAAAUGAGGAGGAACCUUCCGUCGGUGCGAGCAGGAGAGUACGAAGCUUUACCCGACAAGCUGAAACGAGCAGAGUGGGCCCCUGACUUUGGCCCCGCCCACUUCGUUCCAUCGUGGGGAGCCACAGUAACCGGCGCUCGAAAGUUCCUCAUCGCCUACAACGUGAACCUGAUCAGCACCAAAGAACAGGCUCAUCGCAUCGCCCUGGACAUCCGCGAACAGGGCCGAGGGAAGGACCAGCCUGGGCUCCUUAAGAAGGUGCAGGGGAUGGGGUGGUACCUGGAAGAGUCCAAUCUCGCUCAGGUGUCCACCAACAUCCUGGACUUUGAGCUGACCCCCCUCCACACCGUGUACGAGGAGAUCUGCAGAGACGCUGAGGAGCUGAAGCUCCCAGUAGUUGGCUCCCAGAUCGUUGGUCUGAUCCCCCUGAAGGCUCUGCUGGAUGCUGCAGACUUCUACAUCAACAGAGACCAACUCUUCAUUGUGGAAGAGGAGCACAAAGUUCGACUGGUGAUCAGUAAACUCGGCCUCGACUCUCUCGGUCCCUUCAACCCAAAGGAGAGAAUCAUUGAGUACAUGGUGAGGUCACAGGAAGGGGAGGGGCUUAUCUCUCUGUCUCUGCGGCAGUUUGUCCACAGUGUUGGUGCUCGCACAGCAGCGCCUGGAGGAGGAUCUGUUUCUGCUGCCAUCGCAGCUCUGGGGGCAGCGCUCGGCGCCAUGGUGGGACAGAUGACAUACGGCAAGAGGCAGUUUGACAACCUGGACAGCGUAAUAAGAAGACUGAUUCCUCCGUUUCACCAGGCCAUGGACGAGCUGCUGCUCAUGGUGGACAAAGACACAUCAGCAUUCAACAGCUACAUGACGGCGCUGAAGCUGCCGAAGAACUCCGCUGAGGAAAUUAAAAGAAGAAACGCUGCCAUGCAGGACGGUCUGAAGGAGGCUGUCCUCGUCCCCUUGGCUUUGGCUGAAAGGAUCAGUGUCCUCUGGCCGUCUCUCAGAGAAAUGGUUCUGUACGGAAACAUCAGCUGCAAGUCUGACGCUCAGGUAGCAGCUAAAGCUCUGGAGGCUGCAGUGUUUGGAGCGUACUUCAACGUGACGAUCAACCUGAAGGACAUCACCGAUGAAGCCUUUAAUCUGACUACAAAAAAACGAGUUUCUGAGCUGCUCAAGGAGGCGAAAGAAAACGUGGCCUCCAUCUUGGAUGCUGCUGAGAAGAGAAGCUAAAGAAAAUGAAGCUAAUUCAAAUCUAAAUAAAAAAAAAAAAAAAGUUUAGAUUUAACUUUAAUAGGUCAACAACAUGCACCACUCGGUGUCUUAUUAAGGCAUUGGUAGUUUAUUAAAUAUAUAAAUGAAUAAGAGAGCAAUAUUAAUAAUAAACAAAUGGUAGCUAAAAUAAUUACGUAUAUCUCAACCUAAUUUCCCCACCCUGCUAACCUUCAGGUUAUGUACCAAUCAUCAUAAAUUGGAUCUUUUUUUCAUACAUCUAAUUCUUUCUUAUACUGUGAAUAUAAUAAAAAGGUCAAAUAUGAAAA